UGAGUAGUUUGUGACGUCACUUGGCUGUUGUUGUAGUAGUCGACAUGAUAAAUUAAAAAGCUGUCAAAAGAAGAGUUUAUAAAUAGAUAUAAAAAUAAAUUGAUGUAUAAUUGUUUAUAAAACAUGCAGUUUUGAAAAGAAAGCUAUGUAUAAUUAUUAAUAUAGCUUGAUAUCUGCUCUUGAACUUGAAAAACUAAUGUGAGUGCGGUAUGUUUUCGGGCAUUCUGGAUUAGUAGGCCAGAAACGAAACCUCGUCCAUUUAUGUGUACUGUUUUUAAUUUAGAAAAUUGUAAAACUUCAAAUGAAAUCCACUAAAGAAAUCUUCAGCUGACCAAAUUAUUUUGGAGUCCAAUAAUUAAGCUUAUUCACUAUGGCAGAGGAGACUAAGAUUAUCUAUCAUAUUGAUGAUGAAGAUACUCCAUAUUUAGUGAAGUUAUCUGUGCCUCCUGACCGAGUUACAUUGGGUGACUUCAAAAAUGUGUUAAAUAGACCAAAUUAUAAGUUCUUCUUUAAAUCCAUGGAUGAUGAUUUUGGUGUUGUGAAGGAGGAAAUCAGCGAUGAAAAUGCAAAGUUGCCAUGUUGUGGGGGACGAGUUGUAUCCUGGUUGGUUACUGCAGAAGGGAGUAGUUUAUCUGAUAGUACGUCUCAGUGUACUGACACUAUGUCUCAAAGAUCAGAAUUAAGAUUACCACUUGAAAGAACAGUUGGAAUAGGGGACAGUCGUCCUCCCUCUUUUCAUGCUCCUGUAAUAGACCAUCGAGACUUAGGGGAUACGUGUACAGAAACUGAGUCCGUCAUUAGUUCCAGAAAAGAUCUCCAUUCUCACAUGCAUCGCCCCAUCAAGCACAGGGACAAGCACUUUCAUGAUGAUCAUGUUCCAUGUGGAUGCCCAUCAACUAGAAUCAAUGGCCAUAGCAAAUCUAAUCACCCCCAUGCUCAUCCUAGACAUAGAAGUGGUCAUGGGUAUGAGUCUUCCUCAAUGAUGACCAGUGAUAUAGAGAGUACUAGUUUUUUAGAUUCUGAAGAGGAAACAACUAGCAGAAUAUCUACUACUACAGAAGAAAGUAGUGUUUCUCGAAUUCAUCCUAGACAUCGAAGAAGGCGGCGUAGGCAUAGAAUGCCUCCUAUGAGUCGGACCUCAUCCAUCAGCAGCAUCACUGAUUCAACUAUGUCCUUGAAUAUUAUAACUGUUACCUUAAAUCUAGACACUGUAAAUUUCCUUGGUAUUAGUAUCGUUGGACAAUCAAACAAAGGUGGUGAUGGUGGCAUUUAUGUUGGCUCAAUAAUGAAAGGUGGAGCUGUUGCACUGGAUGGAAGAAUUGAGCCUGGAGAUAUGAUACUUCAAGUAAACGAUAUAAAUUUUGAAAAUAUGAGUAACGAUGAUGCAGUUAGAGUUUUGAGAGAAGCUGUACAAAAGCCUGGUCCUAUAAAACUUGUGGUAGCUAAAUGUUGGGAUCCAAAUCCUACUGGUUAUUUUACAAUACCAAGAACAGAACCAGUUCGUCCAAUUGAUCCUGGUGCUUGGGUUGCUCAUAUUGAAGCAACUAGAGCUGCUGAUUAUCCACUGCGGCCUCCCUCAGUUAGUACUCUGACAUCAACAAGUUCAUCAAUUACAAGCUCCAUACCAGAAUCAGAUAGACCAUUUCAAGAAAAUUCUUUGACUGUGGAAUCUGAUAUGUUAUCAAUUGUUAAAGCUAUGACAAAUCCAGAAUCUGGAUUAGAAGUUAAAGAUCGUAUGUGGCUGAAACUUCUUAUCCCUAACUCAUUUAUUGGUGCUGAUGUUGUUGACUGGCUGUUUACUCACGUCCAAGGUUUUCAAGAUCGAAAAGAUGCAAAAAAAUAUGCUACUCUUCUAUUAAAAGCUGGUUACAUUCGUCAUACUGUUAAUAAAAUAACAUUCUCUGAACAAUGUUAUUAUACCUUCGGAGAUAUAACUUCUAAUAUUGCAUCACUGAAACUAAAUGAAGAUGAUUCUGUGAGUGAAGCUGAUCGUGACACUUUGGGACCUUUGCCUCCUCCUUCUGGUCCUUCCCCAUGGGGAAAUCAGUUGCCUUAUUCUGGUAGCUACAUUCCACAGAAUCCAGGAUUCUUACCCAUGCCCUUUAAUUACGUAAAUGACAACAACAGUAGUUGCAAGAACUUUGUUAGAGAAGGGAGCAUUCACAGUGGUUCGGGUGGCAGUAGUAAUGGCGGACAUGAUAAGGACAGGAAAUCUGGAAGCCCAGGAGGUAGUGACUCGGAAGUAGCCAGCCAGAGGAGUAUACGUCGAAUCAUUGCCAAUCCUGGAGAUUGUGGAGCUGGUAGUAGUGGUAGUGAUCGUAGUGCCAACACACAUGUCACACAAGAUAUGCCAAUGCCUCGGCUGGAAACAUUACCUCCAGAAAUUUCUGGUAGUUCUCAAUCUUUUCGUGCUGCUAUGGGAAAUCCAUGUGAAUUUUUUGUUAAUGUUGUUUAGUGUUUAAUUUUGCACUGUGAAAAUUUAUUUUAAAAUAUUUUAAUCAUAUAUAUGCUUUUAAUUGUUUAGUGGUUUGAAAUACUUUAAUGAUACGAGAUUGUUUUAAGAUUAGAAAUUUCUAAUGUUUAGCCUCAUACUCAAAUUAUUUUUAUGAGCCCAUGGCUGAUAAAACUUGUCUGUGAUCUUGCAAAAAUGUUGCAAUAUUAAAUAAAAAUGAAUUGGUGUAGCGUUGGGUGAUAAAAAAUUUCUAAUAUAUUUAAUCAAAAAGUUUUGAAGACAAGUGUGUUGUUGAAAUUACUAAACAAUAUUACAUUGCGUAAUUUCUCGCAUUAGAACCAAAGUUCUAUCAUUGUCGAUUUAGGAAAUUUGCUUACUGACUGUAAAGAUAGCAUGAAGAAUCUAUGAUUGAAUAUUUUAAAUGGCAAUAGAAUGCCAGUAAAUUUCAGAACAUUAGACUUAAAAGGAUUAGUUUUUAGUCUUUUUAUUUCUAUGUUAUGCCUUACCAAAAAAGAAAACUAGAGUAAAGUAACAGAAAAUGACUAGAGAUCUACUUCUUAGACUAAUGUAAAUUAUAAAAAGAUAUACUGAUACCACAAUAACAGUAUGUAUUAUUUGAAAUGAAACUAUAAUAACAAUUAAAAUAAUUAUAAUAAAUAAAUAAAAAGUAAAAUUUACUUUUUUAUAAUUUAGACAUUGAAAUCUCUCAUAAAAGCUAUUAAUCAAAUCUGAGUGAAGUGCAUGAAAAUUGUUAUUUUCCAAUUUCUGUAUUAUAAUCUAUGUAGUGUUUUCAGAUAGAUGCAUGCAUCUAACAAAUUGAAUAUUUUAUUAACGUUAGCUUUUGAAUACAUUAAAUUUGUCCUGUUUCAAGAGUUUUGUUAGAAAUGUUCAAAUUUUUCGCUUAGAAAUAAAUGCUUUUAUUCAUUUUCACUUUUUAUCAUUUUCAUUCAUUAUUAUAAAUAAUUGUUUAGUAAAAUAAAAAUAAGUAUGUUUUCAUUUGUAAAGCAUAUUCACCUUGUUUAUAUAUUUCAUUUGUUUUGCUUUUCAUUAGAUCUAGUAUUUUUAAGAAAUGUGACAUUGCUUUUUUGUAAGUGUUUUUGAAUAAUAUUGUUUAAUAUAUUUGCAAAUUCUUUUUCAUGCUGCUUAUAUUAGUUGAGGAUGAUAUGCUGGAAUACCGCUACUCUGACAAAGGUAUUGUGUAGCUGGCAAGUCUUCAAUUAGCUAUAUAUACAUAUAUUUACAAGUUUAAAGUGUCUGCUUGUACAGUUCAAACAAUUUUAUAUAUAUAUAUUGAUUAUAAAAUUUAUUUUAUUGAUAAUAAAUUGUACUUUUAAGUUAUAAAAUAUUGCAGAGAUGCCAACUAUUAAAAUUCAUUUUCCAAUUUCUAAACUGGGAUUUAUUUUAAUAUUUAUUUUUUUAUGGAUUGAUUAAUUAAUUUAGCUUAUUGCAUUUUGAAAUAUAAAUUUUGCAUCACAAUCAAAUCUUAACAUGCUCAAAUAUUUGUUUUCUUGAUAAAGUAUGCACUUCAAAAAUGUUUGCAUAUUUUUUUUUCUGGUAUGAAUUUAGCAUAGCUAACAAUUAGAUUAGAAUCUUUACACAUCCACUCCAAAACAUAUUUUAUUUGUAAUAUGUUCCCUGCCAUCUGAGUUAAUAUAACUGACACUUGGUAGAAUUUAUUUCCUAAUUACUUUGUUCCUUUGUUUUAUUUUGCUCCUUUUAAAAAUAUUGCAGAAUGUGAAGUAAUGUAUUAAUGAAGGAAAUAUAUUGUUUUUACAACUCUAUAAUAUAAGUUAUAUGGAUUCAUAGGAAAUAUACCUAGGCAAUAUCUAUUGAUGACUUCCUUUUGUGAUUUCAUGAUAUUAUCUUAAAUGUCCAUCACUUCCUGUUAAGUUUUUUUGUGAUCCUUUAAUGCAUACAUGCUUCCAAUUAUAUUUUUUUUUUAAAAGAUAUUCAUGUAGUUUACCAAACCUUGAUUUCAGAUAUUGCCUUUAUUUUCUAGAGUAAACAAUUUUGAUUAUAUAAUAAUAGAUAUUUGUGGAAUAUUCUAAUUGAUAAACUUUCUUUUUAUUGUGAUAUUUUGCUCAUUGAUGCUUUAUAUGAUACAAUUGAUUCAAUGACGUUACAAAACUAUAUUAAAAUAAUCAUUAUUAAGAUAAAAUAUCGUGUAUUCACUUGGUUUACAAAAUGUUAAGUGUAAGCAAUUGCUUCCCUUCUUUUUUUCUUUUUUUUCCUCCAAAAUAUACACGAGGCAAACGUGCCAAACUUCUGUAUUAAAAUCUCCAGAUUUUUUUUAUUUUUCUGUUAUUAUUAUUUGAAAGAAAGACUCCUCUAAAAUUAAUCAAUUUUAAAUAAAUAGAGCAUAAUUUGAAGAAAAUGAAUAAGUCUUCAUUCAGCUUUUAAAAGAAAUGAAUAAAAAAGAGAAAAAGAUUGUGAGAUUUGGAGAGCUUAUUGAUUGUUAAAUAAAAAAGAAAACUCCUUAUUUUCAGUAAAAGUAUUGAUUGCUUUUUAAAAUAACUCUUUUGACUCUUUUAAAAAUAAAAAAAAAGAAUGUUGAAUAUUUUAUUCUUUUAAGCAUAUUUGUACAUUUUGAGAUAUAAGAAGUAUAGCUAAAAGAUUAAUUCAAUUUGUAUUGACUUAUUUUUAUUUAAUUUUUCAUUUAUAAUGCUAUGUCCUUGGUUUUGGAAAAUGUGUUCUGUUUCUUAUUUUGGUAAGGUUAGCCAUUUUGAUGAAUGGUGCUUCAAAUUGCUUUAGCUCAAAUUUGUGGACUCAGCUGUAUCAGAAUUCAAAUCUUGUUUUACAAAAUAGUAAAGUGUACAAAAUCCCAUUCAUUAAAAAAAAAAAAAAAAAAAAAAAACUUUUUAAAUGUUGGCAUCUUUAAGUUUGACAUUUUAGUUCAUUACUAUUUUUCUUUAAAACUGAUGAUACAUUUAUAUUGUAAACAGGGUAGCUGUAACACAAUAGAAGGUGUUCAGGUCUGUUUUUUAGGCUAAAAACGAUUCAAGUGUGUGGUUUAAAAUUCUGCGUCAGUCAAACACUUGUUUUUAAUCAUUCUUCUUAAUUUUUUCAAACGAUUUUCAUUUAAAUGUGACAUAAAAAAUUCUUUUAUUAAAUACCUAAUUUUGUAUUAUGGUCAUUUUAAGUAUUCAUUCUUUAAGAUUGGCAAAAGAAAAUCUUUGAAAACCAGAAUUUAUUUAAAUAUCUUAUUCCUUAAUAAAAACGUUUAUUUUUGUUUAAUUUGAAACAGAAUAAAUAAUAGCAUAUAGGGAUGUGUCGAUGACUGAAGUUUUUUGUAAAUUAUAAAAGUAUUGUUCCAAAUAAUUAUUUUUUCUACUAAAAUCAAAUGCGUGUCAUACCAUACUAUUUCAAAAUAUUGCGGUUCAAUCAGUUUACUGCAUGAGGUUUAUCUUAUUUUUAUGUUUAAACUAAUACAUUUUAAAUUUGGAUAUAUAUUGUAUGUUGAUAUUUAUUUUCUGAUCAAAUAACUUCGUAUUAAGAAUUAUUAAUCAUUUUACAAUAUUGUGAAGCUUACUAGAUUACCAAUUUUUGAAUUUCAGUACUGAACGUCACAAAUAUAGCAAAAUUAAAUUUGAAAAAAAAAUCACAAUUUGAUUUAUUUACUUCAAAAUCUUUAUGUCUAAAUAUGAGCUUAUGUACUGCAUAUCAGAUUUAUUGUAUUAUCAAAGCACAAAAAUCGCAUCUAAUUUCCUUCCAUUUUAAUAGAUUUAGGAAAUAGUUAUUUAAGUUCUUUCAAUUGAAAUAAAAAUGAAUUUAAAAUUAUUUUCAACUGUUUUAAAAGAAAUGUACAUAAAAAUAAGAGUUUCACUUUGCUUUUAUGUUUGAAACCAAUCUAAAUUGUGAGACUUGGAUGAAAAAUAUUUAUAAAAUUCUUUUAUCUGUUUACGUCUCUUUCCUAUCUAGUCAAAUAUUCAUUAAUUAUAUUAUGAACUGUAUUAAAGGUCAAAUAAUUUUUACUUUCACUCUUCACAAUAAUUUUGAAAAUUAUCAAAUCAGUCCUUGUAAGUAAUUGAUGCAGAUAUAUUUUCCAAAGAAAUCUGUGCAAUUUGAAUAUUGAAUUAAGGCACUGUAUAUAGCAACAAAAAAAACUGUUUGAAAUGCCAAUAAUGAAUCAUUGGAGCAUUUAUUUAAUUUUGAAAAAAAUGUUCUUAUUGUGUGUGUUUUGUCUGUAUUUUCAUUUAUUUACUUGUAAAUUUUUUUUUUUUACUGAGCCCAAAGCUUCGCUUUUGAUGAAGAAUCUUUGUAGGUAUGUGUAACAAUGGAAAAUGGCAUUUAUACAUAAAUAAAGAAAAGUAUAGAA